AUGUAAUAAAACAACUUCCAGGCAAAAUUUAGAGCAGCUCUUGCUAUCUCUCAAAUGGAUAAAAAGAAUCGAGCCCAAAACAAGGGACAAACUCAGAAUUAAUUACACCAAACUAUCGUCGAGCAUAAUGGACUCAAGUCCACAUAUUUUAUGGGCCAUAAUGAAAUUCCUGAGAUAGAUGAAAAUGCCAUUGUGGUUGCAGAACAUGACAUCUCAGUUGUAACGAAAAAAGAGGAACCAUACAAAACUCCUAAAUUAGACGGAAUGCUUCUUAAAAAGAGUCCACAUUUCUUAUAAGGAUGGCAACAGAGAUGGGCAGUCUGCCAAAAUAAUCGCUUGGUUUACUACUUACCAGAAAAUAGGAACUCGCCAUUUGGAGUUCUUGAUUUCAAUAUCAUGUCGUAUUCCUUGUAAGAAACCAAAGACCAAAAUGGCAAUAUUAUUGAAUUUGUGUAUCAUCUUUUACACUAUUUGUAGAUUAAUUCCUAGUGGAUCCACAAAGAACUUUAUUUUUAAAGCUGGCACUUCUUAAGAAACAAUGAAAUGGUUUCAUGUUAUCAGGGAAAACAAGGACACAUCUGAAGGAGCAAAAAAGAUACUUAAUAGCUUAAUUAAAUAUCCUAGAUUUUGGAGGGUAUUGCAUGUUAUUAUUUUUAGACGGAUAGGAUAUCGUGUGACUAAUUUUUGAAAACAGGAGAUACUGGUGACAUACUUCUAUUUAGAGGAAAUGGAGCUAACUGUUUAAUUUAGAGAGGAUUAACUGGGUCUGAUUAUGAUCAUGCAGCAGUCUUGUUACGAUUUCCAUCAGGUUCAUUGUUCAUACUUGAGGCUACUGGUUGUUAUGGAGUAGGAUUGUGUUCUUGGAGUAUUUAGAAUAAUUAAUUUCUAUAGAGGAUAUGAUUAAUGAAAGAUGGUUUGAAUUGUAUGAAAAGAUUAUGAUUAGAAAAUUGGAAAUAGAUAGAGAUCACAAUUUUUUAAAAACAGUGUAAGAAUUUUUGAAUGAAAAUAUGGGUAAAAAGUAUUCACUCACUCCUAUGAAAUUACUUAAAUAGAAAUCUACAGUUUAAGACAUUAAUAAAUAGACUAAUAAGGUAAAUUGAUGUUUAUAUUUUUACAGGAAGAAAGGACCUUUUUCUGUUCUGAAUUGGUUGCAGCGCUUUACAAACAGCUGGGAAUAUUCGAUUAAUAAAAAUCUGCAGCAUAAUAUUGGCCAGGAAAUUUGUGCUCAGAAAAUAAAUAACUUAUUGUUUUAAAGGGAACAUUGCAUCCAGAAUAAUUGAUUGAUUUUAGUAACGUCUGA